AUGCCGAUCGAUUACUCGAAGUGGAAAAACAUUGAGGUUUCUGAUGACGAAGAUGACACUCACCCCAACAUUGAUACGCCGUCCUUGUUUAGAUGGAGACAUCAAGCACGUCUUGAGCGGAUGGCUGAGAUGAAACAGAAGAAAGAAGAAGUGGAAGGAGAGAAGAAAAAGGUUGUCAAUAAAGUUCAGGUAUGUUUGUCAUUCUUAUUUUCAUUUUUAGGUAAUUUUUCUCAAAAAUAGCAGAAAUUUGAGGUUGCUUCUUAUAAAUAAUACUGGCACGGGGCCAAUGUACCUUAUUUUGGGUAGUACUGGUGAAUAAAUGCUCAUUUUUGUAUUGUUUUGGCUUUCAGGAGCUUGAGGAUAAGCUGAAGACUGUCACCGACGAGAAGGAGAAGAUCAAAAUAGAAUUACAAAUCAGUGAGAUUAAGAAACAGGAAGAGGAAUUCAGAAAGAAGGAGAAGGAGCUAGAAGACCAAGAAUCUAAGCAACCGUGGAAUGUAGAUACUAUUGGUCAUGAAGCGUGGAGUAAAUCUGUGGUCAAUAAGUACAACGAUAAGAAGCCGGAACCUGCCAAGUUGAGCGAUGAGGAAGAGAACAAGCGAAUGGUUAGUGUUUCUUUUAGUUUUUUUAAUUUUUUUUUGGGUAACAUUUAUAUUUUAUCAUUUACGUUAUCAAAAGCGUAAAAUAAUCAACAAACUCAUUUUAGACGGAAUACUUCAAGAAGAACGAGGACUUGUUGAAGAAGUACUGUGUGUUGAGCAGUUUUGAUGAAUGUCGAAAGUUCUUGCUGGAGUAUCCUCAUCUGGCUUCUGAUUUUGCGUCUAGUUGGAUUACUAUCGAAGCGCUGAAUCUGGCAAUCGACGAGAAUUACGAUUUGAUGUCUAGCUAUGCGAAAAACGGGAUUACAAUUCAAUAUUUGUUGGAAUUGGCCAAGAGCUUGAACAGUCUAGGCACCGAUCCUAAAGUGAUCCAGGUCUUCUUCAAGAAGUAAGUUUUGUAUUACUUAUAGGUUUAUAGUUGUGUAUUAACGGUUAAAAUACGGGAAUCGAUUGUGUGUCUUUUUCUAAAACGUAGCGUUUUGAUUUAAUUUUUAGGAUUUAAAUUAACUUUUUGGGAUUUAUAAUACGUUAUUUUUAAAAAAUGAUUGUUUGAGCUAUGAUUAUCGAAUCAUCUUUUUAGAAUUAAGGCCGCCGACGCCGCUUACAUGAAGAUGUACGAUGAUGAAGUGGAAGCGUUCCAGCAACGUUUGAUCAAGCGAGGCAGAGAAAAGCGAGAAGCCGCCAUUGCUGAAAUUGAAGCAGAGGAGAGAGAAGAAAGACUUAAAAAUGCCCCUGGCGGCUUGGACCCCAAGGAAGUAUUUGAAGCUCUGCCCAAGGAAAUGCAAGAAGCCUUCGAAUCCCAAAGUGUAGACGCUCUAAUCCAUGUAGCUGAAGGAAUGGACCAAGAGGUCUUCAAAUACCAUCUGGAUCGUUGUAUCAAAUCAGGCUUAUGGAUUCCAAACGCCAACGACCAGGACGAUGCAGCUAGUUCAAAGGGUGAAGCCGAAAACGACAAGCCAGGAGCCAGCAAAUCAUCCGAAGCCUAA